AUGUAUACUAUUCAUGAAGGUGAAGUAAUUUAUAAAGAAAUAUACGGUUCUGUUAAUAAACAAAGAUUCUAUGUGAAACCGCCAGAGCAAUCAAACGUUGUGGUACUCGACGAGGAAAAGUCUAAUGAAUUUGCUAAUUUAUUUACAAGAGUGUUUCUACCUCAAGGUUACCCAUAUAGUGUAAGCAAAGAUUAUACAAACUAUCAAAUAUGGGAUACAGCACAAGCUUUCUGCAGCACAAUCACUGGGAUUCUGGCAACCCAGGAAGUUCUGCGAGGUGUAGGAGUCGGCGACACAACUGCAACUCCAUUAGCAGCCACUGUAACUUGGGUUCUGAAAGAUGGAUGUGGACAUUUGGGGAAGAUUUAUUUUGCUUACAGUCAUGGCACUCACCUUGAUGCUUAUAGCAAAAAGUGGCGACUGUAUGCAGAUGUGCUAAAUGAUGCUGCAAUGUGCAUAGAAAUAGCUUUACCAGUGUUUAAGAACUACACCACAGCAGUCCUAUGUGUAAGCACCGUCAUGAAAGCCAUUGUAGGAGUUGCUGGAGGUGCAACCAGAGCAGCCAUGACACAACAUCAUGCUAUUAGGAGCAAUCUGGCAGAUGUCUCUGCCAAAGAUUCUGCUCAAGAAACAGCUGUAAACCUUAUUGCCUCCCUUACAGCUUUGACGAUCAUUACAAUCUUUGGGAGUUCACUUACGGUAUUCAUAAUCAUGAUGAUAUUUCAUAUCAUCUUCAACUACAUGGCUGUAAGAUCAGUCUGCUUGAGGACCUUGAAUGAACCAAGAUUUUUGCAAAUAAUUGACACUUAUUUGGGGGAAGAAAUUAUUGCAAAGCCUUGUACUGUAAACAGAAAUGAACCAGUUGUAUUCUUACCUAUUGGCCCGAACAGUUUAGAGAGACAAUUAUGUGGAUUCCAAAUCAAAAUAGGUCAUUCUAUGAAGAAACUUGUGAGUAACAAUCCAAAAGCUUAUUUUAUGAUCAAUGUCAAAGGAGUUUACAAAUACAAUGAAUAUAUCUUAGUACAUUGUUUGGUAACAAGAAAGAUAUACAUAUAUCCGAGAGACUCUGCCACAUCCGAUAGCAUAUUGUGCGCUUACUUCCAUGCAGUGUUGUAUGGCAUUGUGAUUUGUGCGAUAAAUGAUAUUCCUUUGAAUGUUUACAAAAACCCCAAAAAUCUUCUAAAACCUUUUUCACUUAUUUGUGAGACCUUACAACAGGCUGACUGGUCAAAAGUUGCAGUAGAAUCUCCACCCCCGUACAGCAAAUUUAAUUACGAACCCUCAUUUGAACUUAUGGAGUAUCUUAAUAGGAUCGUACAAAAAGAAUGGGUAAAUUUAAGGGUAGGACUUCAAAAAAUUGGGUGGGACUUAAACAAAAAUCUUCUUAUCGUGGAUGAAUGGCGCAUUUGCACUGCAAAACUGGUUGCCACACAAAUCUCUAUAGGAGACAAAAUCAUACCAGAAGUUUUAACUCAUACUGCUUCUAAUAUUAGGACAUUUCAUGAACAUGAGAAUGCCACUGGUAAGCAUGGUAAGCUUAAGACUUAUACAAUUGAACCAGACUCAGAAAAUUCAGAAUUAAACAUACGCAGCAGAGUGACACGAGAGCAAGGAACAAUGACCACUAAAUAG